AUUUUUAAAAUUCGUACGGACCGGUGACUUAAAAUAUGCCUUUUUGAAUAAUCGAAAACGACUUCAAAUAAUUUCAGUAGUCAGUCGACUAUCGUUUGUUUGGUUCAAAGCCAUUUAUAUCAAUUAAGAGAAGAUUGUGGUGGCGGAUAGUUUUUCGGUGUAAAUGAGUGUGGAAUCUCGGUCGCUAAUUUAAUUAAACUGAACGACACGCGUACUUAAUUCAAUGACAAUUACGCUAAUUAAAUGAAAAUUUUAACGAUAUAAUUUGAUUUGCUUAACAGAUUUUUUUGUUUGUUCCUUUGAUAUUUUUCUUGCUUGUUUUUUGUGUCAGUUCGUUCGUUUUUUACAAUAAUUUACACGACGCGUCGAAUGUUAAAUUUAAUUGAAAAAAUGCUGAAUUUCAAUGGUAUGGACAGUAGUAGUGAUUUUUCGGUAGCAGGGCAUCACAAUUCAAUUUAUGGAAACAGUGUUACAUCUACGCUGGGAAACGAUCAGACGUCUUGUCAAAUCGGAACCAGCUUUGUCGAACAUGCUAAUUAUAUCGGUAAACCUAUGCAAGUCAGUGCGAGUGCCUUAUCAUCGGACAAUAAAAAUGAAUUCGGAGUGCAUUGUGGUGCAAACAGUUACAUUGGUUCGGAAAAUGUGAAACGAUUUUCCGUUAAUAAUUUGUUAAAAUUGGCGAAUUGUGGUGUUGAUCGAGUGAAUGAUGGUCAAUACCAGACCGAACAAACACCAACCAGUAGCAACAAUUGCAUCGGUAAUUCAUCUAAGAAACCUCGACGAAACAGAACCACAUUUACGAGCAAUCAACUAACGGCACUGGAAAAGAUUUUCGAAAGAACGCAUUAUCCUGAUGCAUUUGUGCGUGAAGAAUUAGCAUCCAAAGUGGGUUUAAGUGAAGCCAGAGUACAAGUCUGGUUUCAAAAUCGCCGCGCAAAAUUUCGUCGCAAUGAACGAUGUGCUUUAAGCAACAAUCGAUCGGUCAGUGCAUCACCGGGAACCGCAUGCGUUACAACGACUGCUCAAAAAUCACAACUAUCACCCGCCGUUAUGGACAAGGCUAUGCACAAUCAGAUGGACUUGUCAACGCAUUAUUCAUUGGGAUUCGCUAGUUUGGGCGUUUUCCCGCCGAAAAAUACGAAUUUUCAAUAUGCCAAUUCGUAUAAUUCGUAUCCGGCCGACACAAAUGCCUGCUCAUAUUUACCGAGCAAUUAUUGUCCGACAAAUUACAACAAUUUUAAUUCGCUGCGGUACAAACCUCACGCUUUUCCGUCCAUUUGAAAGUUGUACUGUGAUUCGGUACGUGGCAUUUUUUCUUUUAGAUUGAAAAGUUAACACCAACUUAUACAUAUAGCCAGUACGUUAGGUUAAAUUAUAAUCAAAUUUAGAGUAAAACGAAUCGCAUAUACUAAUGUAUCACCCUCACCCACAGUACACACAAUCAACUACCACAUUUUAAUCAUUUUGUGGAUUUUAUUUUUGUUUAAUAAAAUGUGAUAACAGAAACAAUAAACGAACAACGAAAG